CGUAGCGAACGGACGUGCAAAAAUUUCAGAGCGAAAAAAACUGAAAAUUGACAAUGAAACGACUACUUUCAUCUGAGGAUUUCUGUACUGAAGGGAACAUAAUGGCAAAGAAACGAAAGAUCAGAGGAGGAAAGAAAGACGGGAGGAAACAUGGUCCUCGUUCGUCCUCUGACUCCUCCAAAGUUCCCAGGACAGAGUCGUGUGCAUCAGAUACCUCUAGCCACAACAGUGAAACUGCAGGCAAACUAUCAGCUGCUGAGGAAUAUGCAUUAAUUUCUAAGGAGAUACGUGACUUUGAAGCUGCUUGUGCAUUAAUUUCUGAGGAGAUACGUGACUUAGAAACUGCUUGUGAAAUUUCGCAGACAGAUUGUGCAACAAACACUCUUGUCAACAAUGAGGUUGCGUGUGAUACAAAGGAUGCAGCGGAGCUGCAACAAGACAUUCGGUCAGUUGAUAGUGCAACCAAUGAAAGCAACAAUGAUGCAUGUGUUCUCUCACAAGCAGACAUUCUUGGAUUGUUACAAGGACUGAGCAACACGUACAAUCUAACAGAGAUGUCUCCGCAGGAGCAACCUUUUCAUGUUGUGUCAGACGGUUCCUCUAUGUACCUGGUGGGUCCUCAAAAUCAGGUCUACAUGUCACUGGUACCACCGACUGGAAGUAGUGCUGCUACCACAACAGACUCUCAAAUGGUGUGUACCGUUCACGACAACCCUAACCAAUCUAACCAGCUCACAGACAACAUCAACAAAUCGUAUGAUGCGACAAUGGAUGUUGAUCGGAGAGAGGCGGAUCUACUGAGAUAUCCCUCUCACCUGUUGGAAUGGUCUGAGCGUGUGAAAUUCAGUCACCAGCGCAAGUGGAAAAGGCUAACAUACCACGAGCCUAAGUACAGCGAAUGGGAUUUCGUCUGAGGAAAAUUUUCCGGAAUGGGACAGUUAUUAUGUGUUGUGGUGCUAUUAACUCUCUGGGCCACCCUGUGAUAUUUUCAUGAAUGGGAUAGUUAUUGUGUGUUGUGGUGUUAUAAACUCUCUGGGCCACCUUGUGACAAUCCAUGCAAGCCCAUCGUUUGUCUCUCUCAAGACUUUUUGAACAUGCACUGACACAUUACUUUUUAAAUUAUUUAUUGUUU